AUGGCUUCAUGCAUUUUCUGCCGCAUCAUUAAGGGGGAGAUUCCGUGCUUCAAGCUCUUCGAGAGCGAGAGAACACUGGCAUUUAUGGACAUAAACCCCCUGAGCCGUGGCCAUGCACUUGUUAUUCCCAAAUAUCACGGUGCGAAGCUAGGGGAUAUUCCAGAUGAGCACCUGAGUGAGAUAUUGCCUGUCGUCAAGAAACUAGCGGCCGCUGCUGAAGCGAGUGACUACAACCUUCUCCAAAACAACGGAACAAUCGCCCAUCAGCAGGUUCAUCAUGUCCACUUUCACAUGAUACCGAAGCCAAAUGUAGAGGAAGGUCUUGGAAUCGCUUGGCCUUCCCAGGAGACCGACAUGGAUAAACUUAAGGUUCUUUUCGAAGAUCUUAAGGCAAAGAUGACCUAG